AUGGGGGACAACGAGAGUGAUGACGUCACAACCACCCCCAACCCUGGAGUGUCGAGCAACACGGAAAUUCUCACUAGGACAAUGAGUGAGAUCUUCAGUAUACCUCGCGAAAUAUUCUCAACUCCUGAAAACUCCACGGAGACAAACCUGCAAACAGAUGUUCUGAGCUUCGCCCAGACCGUCAUGGGGCUGAACGCCAGCGGCGGGCAGACGGCGGCGGCGCUGGAGUCGUCGGACAUCCUCAACAGCUCCGUGUUCGAGGCCGCCGUCCUGCCGAUCAACCUGACGGACGCCUUCAACAUCAGCGACCUGUCUCCUCCGCCCAACAUCACGAUGCCCAACUCCCGCGGCGGGGGCGUGGCGCAGGACAGCUUCGGGGACGACGCCGCCUGGAUCCUCACGGCCACCUUCAUCAUCUUCACCAUGCAGUCAGGUUUCGGGCUGCUGGAGUCGGGCGCCGUGUCCAUGAAGAACGAGGCAAACAUCAUGGUGAAGAACGUGGUGGACGUCGUCCUCGGGGGCAUCACCUACUGGCUCUUCGGGUACGCGCUGUCCUUCGGCGAGUCGGAGUGGACGAACCCCUUCUGCGGGUGGGGCGGCUUCGCUCUCAACCCCAGCGAGGAGGAGAUGGGCAAGGUCUACACCACCUUCUUCUUCCAGCUCUCGUUCGCCACCACCGCCACCACCAUCGUCUCCGGCGCCGUCGCGGAGAGGUUCAACUUCGUCGCCUACGUCAUCUUCUCCGCCGUGAACACCGUGGUCUACUGCCUGCCGGCGGGCUGGCUCUGGGGCUCCCACGGCUUCCUCUACCAGCUCGGGGUAGUCGACAUCGCCGGCUCCUGCGGCGUGCACCUCUGCGGGGGGUCGUCGGCCCUAAUCGCCUCGAAGCUCGUGGGUCCCCGCAUCGGGCGCUACGACGACGGCGAGGACCCUCUGCCGAUGGGGUCGCCGACGAACGCGAUCCUGGGGAUGUUCAUGCUGUGGUGGGGCUGGCUGGGCUUCAACUGCGGCAGCACCUUCGGCAUCACGGAAAACAAAUGGAAAUACGCCGCCCGCACCGCCGUCACUACCCUUCAGGCGAGCAUCGGGGGCGGCUUGGCGGGGAUGAGCCUUUCGUGGUACAAGAACCAUAGGCUGGAGAUCGGGGACGUCGUUAACAGCGUUCUAGGGGCGCUUGUUAGCAUCACGGCCGGCUGCGCCCUCUUCACCACGUGGGAGGCCCUCUUCAUCGGCAUCGUGGGCGGCCUGAUCGCUGUCCUAGCGAUGCCCCUCUUCGACAAGCUUCACAUCGACGACCCUGUGGGAGCGACGUCCGUGCAUGGCCUAUGUGGAAUCUGGGCGAUGAUCUCCAUAGGCCUCUUCGUCAAGGCGGAUUCUCUCCUCGGCAUGACAGGAGGCAAGGCUGGUCUCUUUCGGGGCGGUGGUUUCUACCUCCUCGGCGUGCAGACUCUAGCUUGCGUUGUGACCUCCGUCUGGUCUAUGUCUAUCACCUACAUGCUGCUUACGUUCAUCGACAAAUUCGUGGUAAGCAUCAGGAUGUCGGAGUGGGAAGAGCUAGUCGGUGCCGACUUCGCCGAACACGGAAUCAGACGUCGAGGAGUCGGAGUAUCACGCGCCGUGUCCGUGUUAGGAUUCCAUCACAAUGGCUUCGACUACAGUGACAUCGCGCCUCAAGGAGACAACCCUUGUCACCAGAUGGUCCUCAACAACCUGGAGAACCUCCGCUCCCGCCGCGCCUCCACCGUGUCGAAGGCCAUCCAGCAGGUGACGAAGCAGAAGAACGGCAAGCUCCCGGAACUGGUCAUUAACAGCCACGACCUGAAGAACGGCAGCGCCCGCAACAACGACAUCACGCCCAUCGAGCUCCCGGACACAUUCAACGCCUGGCCCUGA